AUGAUGUACCGUCUGGAAUUCCUUAUGCGUGUACUCCGUGCGGGUUACCACUUCCUUAGUGCGGACAUGGACAGUGUUUGGCUUUCAAAUCCAUUUGAUUACGUUUCACAUAACUUAUCAAUCACAAUUCAAGGCCAAACACACAAAGAAACGAAAUUGAGCGGAGGCUUUGUUAUUGUUCAUGCCACAACACAAGGUUAUAUGUUUUGGCAGGACAUAAUCAAAUGCCAAUAUCAGAAUCUAGAGCAACUGCGAAAGCAGCAAUAUAGUAAACGCAAGCGUCCACCUAGUGAUUUCACAGAGCAAGAAUGCAUCAACGAUCGACUCAAUUCCACCGAAGUUCAUCUUCUUGAUCCUUAUCUCUUUCCUGAUGGGCGUUCUUUUUUCGAUCUGCAGCGACCACAAAGUCGAGGAAUUGUACCAAUUGUCAUUCAUGGAAACUGGUUAGUAGGAUUGGAGUCCAAAGUAAAAAGAUUACGAUCAUGGAAUCUCUUAGCAAGCAUAGGUAGCUCAUGCGAUUCUUUGGAAAAUGGUAUACCUUAUACUCUGUCCAAUAGGAUUUCCCCUGUCCGCAUUCGUAUUCGUGUGCUCACUUACAAUCGACUACAAAGUUUUCAACGACUGCUUGAGAGUCUUCAAGCUGCAGAUUAUUCAAACGAUUCUGUUGCAUUAGAUAUUUCAAUUGAUCGACCUUCCUCAGAAGCUAAUGCAGCAGAAAAAAACCAAUGGGAACAAGUUAUUGCAUAUGUGGGUGACGGUGCUGAACACGAAUCUAAGUUUCGGUAA